AUGUGGCUGACGCUGACCAACCUCAAUCCGCAGCCGAUCGAGCUCCUGUCGCUCUACGACCCCAAGCAGGAUCCGAACCUGCAGAUCACGGGUUUCGACACGAAGGGUCUGGACGUGCCCCCCGGCGUGACUGCGCGCUUUGCAAAGGUCACGUAUUUCGGGGGCGAGGAGGGGCACAUGGAGGGCAAGUUGCAGCUCAUCAUCAACGACACGGACUCGGUGUCGGCCACCCUGGACGUCCCGUACAAGGUGCGGGUGCUGUACGGCUCAUUGGGCUUCAUGAACGACAAGACGAAGUUUCAGUCGACGCCAGGCCGAGUCAAGUCGACGACGAGGUCCAUCAUGAUAUCCAACAACUUUUCGGUCCCGAUCCUGAUCCACUCUGCGAAGAUCGACGACCCGAGCUUCCGGAUUACCCACUUCGUGCCGAACACCACUUUGUUUCCGAGGGAAGCCGUGUCUUUGAUGCACGUGGAGUUCACGUCCAACGGCAGCAGCCUCCUCUACUCCAGGGACAUGGAGCUCGGCACAAAUGUGACGGCGAUGAAGAUCCCGCUGCAGGUCUAUCAUGGCAAGUUGCACUGCCAGGUGGAGCACGGGGACCUCAAGGAGUGCGCGGACUCCAACCUGAACCUGGACAUGGGCGUCAUCAGCGUCGCGGAGGGCAAGAGACGGCAGCAGAUCAACAUCACGAACCUGAACCCUGUGAACGUCACCGUCGAGAGCCUCCACACCUCGCACGACACCGUGAACCCCCACAUAGAGGGCAUCUUCGGCCCCAGGGGCGAGCAGGUCCGCGGCUCGCGGUCGAUGUCGCGGCCGCAGCAAUCGAAGCGGCCGCUCACGCUGCCGCCGGGGCACCGGCUACUCUUGUCGCUCGAGGUGUCGGCGCGGGAGCCGGGCAACACCACCAGCACCAUCACGUUGACCACGAAGCGCAAGGAGACUGUGGUGGUCCGCAUCAAGUACGCCAGCGUCCUUGGCAACCUGGUCUUCAACCCCCCGCUGCUGCGGUUCCAGGCCUCUUUCCCUUGGAGGGUGCAGAGCAUGAUGGUCGCGGCCAGGUCCACCUUCGAGCGGAACCUCGAGAUCAAAGCCGUGCGCUCGACGGACAGCAGGAUAAUCCCCGAGCUCAUCACCCGCACACUGAACCCUAUGGUCAGGACCGAGAUCUGCCGGGUGCGGUACGAUCCUUCCAAGUCGUCCGCGGUCGAGGAGAGCUUCCAGCCGCACGCCGACGAGGUCGAGUGGGACGCGCCCCUCACCGAAGAGGUCAUCGACCGCUGGCUGCGCCAGCGGAGGGGCUGGGACAGCCUGAGCCUGCAGACGGACAUAGAGGCCGCGCUGCUCUUCGACACCAGCAUCGUCCGUGGCGCCCCGCUCCAGGUGCACGCGCUGCUCGCCCGCCCGGUCCUCGUGAGGGAGCCCCUGAUAGAGUACGAGCUGACCCAGGUCGGCACGUCGACCUCGCAGAUGCUGGUGGUCAGCAACCCCUCGGACGUGCCCCUGGCGGUCCAGCUCGUCUUCGCGGCCUGCGACCCGCUGCCGUCCGAGGCCAACUCGACGUGCGACGUGGGGUUCAAGCUCCCGGAGGAGGCCUCGUGGGUGGUUCACGUGAAGCCGCACGCCGAGUCGCUCGUGGGCCCGAUCAUCUUCGAGCCCCUGCAGCACACGGCGUACAGCGCCACGCUCUACGUCCGGAACAACCUCACCAUGCUCUACCCCGUGAAGCUCAGCGGCAUCGGGGGCUCGGGCCGGCUCGUGUUUCCCAACGGGUCCCUGGACUUUAACCUCACGGCGGCCGACAUCGAGGCGGUUGACGAGGACCAGGAGCUGCGCCAGAUUGCCGUCUCGAAGCGCUUCGUCGCCGCCAACGACUGCGAGCUGCCGGUGGAGGUGACGCGCUUCGACAUCAACGGCGUCCCUGGCUGCGCCGGCUUCGGGUUCGAGAUCAACGAUUGCCGGCCGUUCACGGUGGCGCCGCACGAGUCGAUCUCGCUGACUGUGUCCUUCUUGCCAGACUUCGCGGCCUCCCGCUGGGAGCAGCAGCUGAGGCUGCACACACAGUCGGGGGUGCUCGCCGUGCCCCUGCGCGCCUUCGUGCCCGACGAGCUGCUGCCGCUGCUGGCGGACCGCGCGCCCUUCCUCGGCGAGUCGGAGGCGUCGGUCAAGAAGGCCAUCACGAUCGUCUCGAUCGCCCUGUGUGUGGGGAUGUUCGUCGUGGUCGUCGGCGACGCCAUGCGCCUCUACAGGUCCAGGGGCGACGUCAACGGCGUCGUGCCAGACGUCAAGGGCGAAGCUGGCGGGCUGGUCUCGUUGAUGUCGUGGCCCGGGGUGGACGCCGUGGCGCCCUCCUCAGCGUGGGGCAGCGGCACCGCGCGCGACCGCCUGCUGAGCAGCCAGCGCGCGGCCAGGAGGGCGGCCCGGGGCGAGGAGGACGCGCAGCGGGCGCAGGCGCAGCAGCAGCAGGCGCAGCAGCAGCAGCAGCAGCAGCAGCAGCAGCAGCAGCAGCAGCAGCAGCAGCAGCAGCAGCAGCAGCAGGCGCCCGCCCGCCAGGCGCCGCAGCAGCCCGCCCAGCAGGCGCAGCCCCGCGCCGCCGCCGAGCACCCGCCGGGGCACGCCGAGGCCUCUGGGGCGCCGCGGCCCGCGCCGUCGCCGGAGAGGAAGCAGAAGGGCGGGCAGAAGGCGGAGCCCUCCGCGCAGGCGGGGGCGCCCGCCCCGAAGGCGAGGGCGGCGGAGCAGCAGGCCCGGGCGGAGGGCCCGGACAAGGGGCCGCUGGCGGGGGUCGAGGCCGCGGCCGCGCGCGCCGCCACCAUCGCCGAGGAGCUGCAGAAGCGCCUGGCGGAGGACGAGCGCCUCCGCACCCAGCUCCUGAGGGAGCAGCGGGAGGAGACCGAGGCGCUGGAGCGCGCCAUGGCCGCCUCGGCCGCGGAGGAGGAGCAGCGGAUCCGGCGCCGGGCCGCGGCCGAGCGCGAGGCCGCGCAGGCGGCCACGGCGAAGGCCAGCAGCUCCCAGGGGCAGGCCCCCGCCGCGAAGGCCGCCGCCGAGAAGGGGAAGAAGGGAAAGAGGGAGGCGGCGGCCGUCCCCGCGGCGGCGGCGGCCGCGCAGCAGUCGCCGCUGGAGCCGCCAGAGGGCCGCAGGGCUCCGCCGCCGCCGCCAGACCCGCAGCCCGCGCGCAGCAGCAAGGCGCGCGAGGAGCGGGAGAAGCUGGAGCGCGCCGAGCGGGAGAAGCAGCAGCGCGAGGAGCGGGAGCGCCGCAGCAAAGAGGAGCGCGAGAGGGCGGCGCGGGAGGAGCGCGAGCGGGCCGCGCGGGAGGAGCGCGAGCGCGAGAGGCUCGCCGCGGCGGAGCGCGAGCGCGCGGCGCGGGAGGAGCGCGAGAGGGCCGCCGCGGCGGAGCGCGAGCGUGCGGCCGCGAGCGAGCGCGCGGCGCGGGAGGAGGGGGCGAGGGAGCAGCAGGAGAGGCGCCUGGAGGGCGCGCGCAAGGCGGGCGAGCACGAGCGGAAGGGCGGCGGGGACGGAGCGCAGGCGCCCGCGCCGCCGAAGCGGAAGGAGAAGGACGCCAAGCGUGGCGGCAAGGAUCCGCCGGCGGCUCCGCCCAAGGACGUGCCCGCGGCGCCGCCGCAGAGCCUCCCGGGCGGCAAGGGCCCGCCGUCGGCGCCGAUCGGCGGAUCGGCCAAGGCCCCGGCCCCGUCGGCCAAGAGCGGCGGCUCGCAGAGGGGCGGCAAAGACAAAGGCAAAGACGAGGCGGCCCCGGCCCUGCCGGUGCCGCAGGGCUCCGUCUGGGCGGACCCGCGGCAGGGCGAGAAGGGCGGAGCGACCCGAGCGGCUGUCGCAGAGCAGCCCCCGCCCGCCCCGUGGCAGGGCGGAGGGCGCUGGGCCGGAGGGCGGCAGCGGCACGCGGCCGCGGCUGCGGCAGAGCCGCCCACGGAUGCCACUGGCGCGGCGGACGCGGCCGCGGCGGCCUCGAAAAUCUCCGACCGGCUGCCCCCGCCGCCGUCGAUGCCGCCGCCCAUGGCGCCAGCGGCCUCGGGGAAGGGCGCCGCCCCGAGCUCGCAGAGGGCGGAGCCCCGUGCGGCGGAGGCGGCGCACCACCAGCUGCUGCAGCAGCAGGCGCAGGCGCUGCAGGCCCAGCAGGCGCUGCAGGCGCUGCAGCAGCAGCGUGCGCCGCCCCCGCCGCCGCUAGACCUGGCCAACCGCCACCCGCUGCUGCCCCCGCCCGGCAUGGUAGACCACGCCGCCCUGGCGGCCGCCGCGGGCCUGAUUCCCCCGCCCGCGCCGCAGGGCCUGCUGAUUGACCCCGUGCUGGACAGGGGCAUGGGGCGCGACGUCGCGCCGAUCGGCCUCACCGCCAGCCCGGUCAUCGGGUCACCGAUGGGCCGGCAGCCGGUCACGGCGCCUGGGCUGGUGCUCCCCGCGGCCAAGGCGCCCCCGGUGCCACCCGUCGGCAGGAGCCUGCUCCCGGACCAGGAGUUCAUCCCGAUCAACACCGACUCCGCGGGGCUCAGCCCCUCCCUCGACCGCAUGCAGGUCUUCGGCGAGCCGCCCUUCGGCGGGGCCUCGUCGCUGUUCUCCUCGCCCUUUGGCAUGUUCGGCCCAGUCACCGGCUACAGCGGCGUGGACGGGGUGGGCGGCGCGGGCCUGCUGGCCGACCUGCACGCGGACAGCCAGCCCGUGGAGCACAUCUCGGGGCCGCCAGAGCGCCCCCAAGGGCGGCGGCGCUCCGCCUCCGCUGUGAGCGCGGCGGGGGCCGGCCGCUGCCGCCGCGCGCCCGCUCGGCCGGCCGCGCGCCAGCGAGUCCUUCCUAGUUCACGACGCCGAGCGGUCAGAGGAGGGCCAGGUGCAGAAAAGCGGGGCCGUCUCCACCCGCACUGGCGCGAAGGCUGCCCGGCGUGA